UAAAUAAAAAUUCAAAACAUAGAAUGAUCGUAUAGGUAUAAUAAUAUCUUAUCGAUAAUGUACAAUUCAUAAUAUUAUAUUAGCUUAUUGCUUGUAAUACUAUUGUACAUAUUUUGUCAUUUGUUAUUCUACUUUCAAUGUCUGCACACGUUUUAUUUGAUUACCUAUCUACUUUUAUUGGAUAAAUUAUGGCAAACAAAAAACAUGGGAAACAAAGUAAAUGCAAAAAGAGAAGUGCAAAGUCGAAAUGCAUACAAAAUUUACUUUUGAGUAGGUAUAAAAAAACUGAAAAAAUAAAUAAUGAAGAUAAUACCAAUAAUCUUGAAGAGGAUAUGGAUAUCCAAAAAUCAAAUGAAACUGUCAAUAACGAUGAUAAUGACUACUUACAACUAUCAGACCAUUCGGGAUUAGAUGAAUCUACAUUACCAAAUUUGAAUGUUGAGUACGUAAAAUCUAAUGAACCUACAUUAUCAGGGCGCCGAGUAGUAGACAUAGAACAUUUUAUGAAACAAAUGAUGGAACUGGGUAAACAUGGUAGUAAAUGUACUAUGGGACGAUUUGUACUAAUCAAAGAAGUACAAAAUGGUGUAGGAUUUAAACUUUAUUUCAAAUGCCAUGUUUGUGACCGUCAUCAAAUUGUCACAUCAGACAGAGAAUCAUCUGUAGAUAAUGUCAAUAAUGCGUUAGUUUGGGGAGCAUUAUCAAUCGGUAUUGGACAUCGUCAGAUUGAAGAUUUACUCGCAGUUAUGGACUGUCCAUCACCAUCGUUUAAAAAAUUUAAACGACAUGAAGUUAUUAUAGGAAAGGUGUGGGAACAACAAAUUUCAGAAAUGUUGAAAAAAAAUGGAGAGCAGGAAAAAAAAAUUGCCAUACAAAAAGGAAAUUUAUAUAAAGGAACUCCUUACAUCACAGUGAUAGGUGAUGGUGGUUGGGCUAAAAGAAGUUACGGACAUGGUUUCAAUUCUCAAUCAGGCGUGGGAAUAAUUAUUGGUGCAGAAACAAAAAAGCCCGUCUAUGUAGGUGUAAGAAACAAAUAUUGUAGUACAUGUUCUUCUGCAUCCAAAAAUAAUAAAAAAAUAGAUCAUUUGUGUUUCCGAAAUUAUGAUGGUUCUUCAACAGGUAUGGAACAAGAUAUUAUUGUAGAAGGCUUUCGCCAAAGCCUAGAACAACAUGGUUUAAUAUAUAAAUAUUAUAUUGGCGAUGGUGAUUCAAGUGUGUAUGCCAGAAUAGUUGAAAAAGUAUCGUAUGGUCGAGAUGUUAUCAAAUUAGAAUGUGCUAAUCAUAUAACUCGUAAUCUCCACGAUGGCCUACGAAAAUUGGUGGCAAAUAAACAUUUCCCAUUACAUGUGCGCAAAGUUUUAACUUAUGGUUCUCCAUCUCCCUUAGAAAGAUUGGUUAAAGGGGUACGGACUGCAAUUAAAGAGUGUGGAAAAUCACAUAAUGUAAACAUACUGCGAGAAGAUUUAAAAAAUGCACCAUAUCAUGUUCUCGGUUCUCAUAAAAAUUGUCGUCCUACAUAUUGUACACGGUCAAAUAUGAAUGAAAAGGACAAUGUGCCAUUAAUGGAAAGUGGCAAAAUAAUGUCAGAAAUUUUAGCAAUUGUUGAUAAAGUAACGAGAAAAGCCGAUCGUCUAGUUUUCAACACUACAACUAAUAUAGCUGAAAACUUUAUGAGCUUAGUUGCAAAAUUUACUGGCGGUAAAAGAGUAAAUUAUACCAAAACAGGCUCAUAUCAAAGAAGAGUAUUAGGUGCAACCCAAGUUCACUCUAGGGGCCAGUCUUGGCAUUUAAGUCCAUGGAAAAAAUUAUCAGGAAAAAGUCCCGGCAAGUUUUUUAAAAAAAAUUUAACGAGGCGUAUUGCAAUGACAACUUUAAACUCAAAGUAUAAAAAACAAAAAAAAAUUAGAUUUAAAGUAAGUGGAGGUGACAAAAGUACAGUGAAUCAUGAUUUUGAUUACGGUCCAGACGCUGCUGGGCUGGAUAUGACUGAAGAGGAUUUUAAAUUUAACGUCAAUAAAAAGUUAGAAGAGUUAAAAAAAGAUUCUUUUUCAACCGAAACAAUCGAACAAUUACAAAAAAACACUAUUGGUCAACAUGAUAAUGUAGUCUGGCACGAAGCAAAGAAAAAUAGACUCACCGCUUCUAAUUUCGGGACAGUUAUUUGUAGAAAAUCAACUACAUCUUGUCAUAAUUUAGUGAAAACAUUAUUAUACAGUAAAAAUAUUAUUUCGAAACAUAUUGAAUUUGGACGACAAAAUGAAAAAGUGGUUAUCCGACAAUUCGAAAAUCAGUAUAACAAAACUGUAAGACCGUGUGGGUUGUUUGUUGAUGAACAAUAUCCAUUUUUGGGCGCAAGUCCCGAUGGUUUAGUUGAUGACGAUAAAAUAAUAGAGGUCAAGUGUACGCCGUCUAUAGGACAAAAAACCUUAGAAGAUGCAGCUCUUGAUAAAAAGUUGCAGUUUUGUUUAGAGCUUACAGAAACAGGUCAACUUAAACUCAAAGAAAACCAUAAAUAUUAUUGGCAAAUUCAAGGCCAACUAAACAUUACAAAAAAAAUAGAAUGUAUUUUUAUUUUAUUCAGUAUGGGAAAUAAUCUUUAUGUGCAGAAUAUCAACAGGGACGAAUAUCUUUGGACAAAUAAGAUGCUUCCAAAAUUAAUCAAUUUCUACAUGGACUGUAUGUUGCCUGAAAUUGUAGAUCCUCGAGUUCCAAGAGGUUUACGAAUACGAGAUCCGGCGAAAAUAACGGAAGCACAAUUUCAAAUAAAAAAGAAAUUUAAAAAUUUAAAGUAAGAAUUGAAAAAUGUCAUAUUAUGUAAUUUUAAAUGUGUUAUUUAUAAUUUUUAAUAUUUUGUAUUUUUUUUUAAUUGCAUUGAUAACUAUACUGUUAUAAUAAUA